UCCCUACUCCACGCGCUCUCCUGCCUGUCUCCCGCGUCCUCUGCUGCCUUCGACUUCGACAACCCCGUGGGAUGAGAUCCCCCUCCUCGCCAUGGCCGCGUCCCUCCUGCCCCCCGCCGCCACCCUCGCCAAGAAGUACCCCACCCUCCUCCACCCGUCCGGCGCCAGGCCACACGCCCAGAGGCUGAUCUUCAGGUGCGGCGCGACCAGCGACGCCGCGGACGAUGGCUGGGCAUCCUUCGUGGACGAGCUCAAGAGCUCGCUGCAGGACCCGUCCGACACGGUGGCCAGCGACGCCGCCGGCGCGGGCGCCGCGCCGGACGACCUUGUGACCGCGCUGCCACUGGACGCCUCCGCCGACCCGGCCGGUGUCGGGGACACGACCAAUGCCAUCGCCGGCGCGGCGAACGAGCUCAUGGGCGUGGACGCGUCCGGUGCGGCUGCCAGCAGCGACUCCAUCCCGGACGGGCUCCUGAGCGUGCUGCACCUGGACGCGUCGAACCCUGCGGUGCGCGCGGCGGGCGGCGCGCUGUCCCGCCUGGACGCGCUCACGGCGGGGCUGUCGGACGCGCAGCGGUGGGCGCUGCUCGGGUUCCUGGGCGUGACAUGGCUAUACCUGACGGCGCGGCCGGGGGUGUUGAGCGGCGCCGUGGACACGUACGUGCUGGCGCCGCUGCAGCUGGCGCUGGACAGCGUGCUGGGCCGGCGGAGCCUGAAGAUGAGCGACUUCGUGGUCGGCGAGCGCAUCGGAGAGGGCUCGUUCGGGGUGGUGUACGCCGGCGCCGUUGUGCCGAAGAACGGCGCCGUCGUGGAGGAGCGGUCAGGCAGGGCCCGGACGAGCCUCCAGAACGACGACAGGUACAAGGAGAAGGUCAUCCUCAAGAAGAUCAAGGUUGGCACGGUGGGGGCGAAGGAGUGCGGCGACUACGAGGAGUGGUUUAACUACCGCAUGGCCAGGGCGGCGCCGGAGUCGUGCGCCGACUUCCUCGGGAGCUUCGUCGCCGACAAGACCAAGUCGGAGUUCAUCAAGGGCGGCAAGUGGCUCGUAUGGAAGUUUGAGGGAGACCGGACGCUGGCGGACUACCUGGGCGACCGGGCGUUCCCGUCCAACCUGGAGCAGCUCAUGUUCGGGCGCGCGCUGCGUGGGCUUGGCACGCUGGAGCGCGACGCGCUGGUGGUGAAGCAAGUGAUGCGACAGCUGGUCACGUCGCUGAAGCGCAUCCAUGGCACGGGCAUCGUGCACCGCGACAUCAAGCCCUCCAACCUCGUCGUCACCCGGCGCGGGCAGGUGAAGCUCAUAGACUUCGGCGCCGCCACCGACCUCCGCAUCGGCAAGAACUACGUCCCCGACCGCGCCCUGCUCGACCCGGACUACUGCCCGCCCGAGCUCUACGUCCUCCCCGAGGAGACGCCCGAGCCCCCGCCGGAGCCCAUCGCCGCCAUCCUCUCCCCCAUCCUCUGGCAGCUGAACAACCCGGACCUGUUCGACAUGUACUCGGCGGGGAUCGUGCUGAUGCAGAUGGCCAUACCGACGCUGCGGACGCAGUCGGGGCUCAAGAACUUCAACGCCGAGCUCAGGUCCGCCGGCUACGACCUCAACAGGUGGCGGCAGAGCACGCGGCGGAGGCCCGACCUGCAGAUCCUGGACCUCGACUCCGGGCGAGGCUGGGACCUCGCCACCAAGCUCAUCUCGGAGAGGGGCGCCAACGGCGGGGGCAGGCUCUCCGCCGCCGCGGCGCUACGGCACCCAUAUUUUCUCCUGGGUGGAGAUCAGGCCGCGGCCGUGCUGUCCAAGCUCUCGCUCAUCAAAUAGCAUCCGUCCAUGGCUCAUGGCUGGGUACGUACAGGCUCUAUACACAUUGGAUCAUUGGAAUCCUCUGAUCGGUUCGUCGGUGUACAUUACGCAUUGUUGAGUCCUUGGCAUACGGUGUUCAGCAAUGUCAUUGGCAUUUUUUGCUGUGUAACCACUCAUGGGACUAUGGGAGGGAUCAAGAGGGAGGCAUCUGGUGACUGGUGUUACAAUUUUCUGUUCUGUAUGGGAUUGCUUGAACAAUGUGGUGCAGAGUUUCAGACA